GCAAAUUCGUUAGUGCCAGCUUAGGGAAGUCGCUCUUUUCCCGCCCCGUACUUUCUGUCAAAUGAGUCGACAGAAAUUUGAAAUUGAAAGGACGCUUCAAAAAGAUAAGCACUGAAAAUGGCUAAUUUCGUCCUCAACAACAACUGGCCUUUCAAAGCACAAAAACAGAAUUACCUGUAACUUCUAAAACCCAAUGGCUCAUACCCAAGUUAGACACCUAUUCUAUGUUGUCAACGGUAAAAAGUGCUGGAAAACAACUGUCAUCUCAAAGACUUUCCUGUUAAUUUCAAACGCAAAGCUAAAACCCCGCGUUUAUUUUUAGAUAGAUUGCAUAAACUCUAUAUAAAAAAAACCCAUCAGAACCAAUGGCAAUCUCCACCAUUCCCUACCUUAACCUUGCCAGGCAGAUAUUCAAAUUCAUUCAGAGAGAGAGAGAGAGAGAGAUGGAUUUGCAGGGAGGGUUGCCUCUGUUGUUCCAACAAUUCAAAGCUUUGUUCAUGAAGAACUUCCUCCUCACAUGGAGAAACAAGGGAUUCGCGCUCGCACAACUUGUCUCGCCAUUGAUCUUCACGUUUCUGCUAUUCACAACAGAAAAAUCGGCUAAACCUUCGACAGGAAAGGCUUUGUAUGAUCCCGUGGCUCUGAUUUCUCCCCCUAUUCCCCAAUGUGAGGACAAGUUUUACGUCACUUUGCCAUGCUAUGAUUUCAUUUGGAGCGGAAACGCUAGCUCCAAAAUUGCAUCCGUUGUUGGCCAAAUCAUGGCAAACAACCCCGGCCGUCCAAUUCCUGCUAACAAGGUUAAAUCAUUUGAAACCAAGAAGGAAGUCGACGAAUGGUUGCUUAAUAAUCCCAUGCGUUGCCCCGGGGCAUUGCACUUCGAGGAAAGAAGCGCGAAUGUUAUAAGCUACGGUAUACAGACCAAUUCCACUCAAGUUGACAAGCGAGGCCAAUUUGAAGAUGCCACGUUUAAAUUUCAAAUACCCUUGCAAAUCGGAGCAGAGCGUGAAAUCGCGAGGUGUUUACUUGGAGAUCCAAACUUUAUCUGGGUGGUUGGUCUAAAGCGAUUCGCGCACCCUGCAAGUGCUAUCCUCCCUUCUUUGACAGUGCUCUUGACAGCCAUUACAGGACCACUCUUUCUACUAGCAAUUGCCAUGUUUCCUUUUGUCUUUCAGAUUAGUUCGCUUGUCUCCGAAAAAGAACUCAAAUUGCGCCAGGCAAUGACUACAAUGUGUCUUUAUGAUACUGCCUACUGGUUGUCAUGGCUUACGUGGGAGGCAAUUUUUGCAUUGCUCUUAUCGCUCAUCACGGUUCUUUGUGGAAGGAUGUUUCGGUUUCCUCUGUUCUUGGAGAACAGUUUCCUAAUCGUCUUUGCCGUGUUCUUUCUCUUCCAAACCAGUAUGAUUGGUUUUGCCUUCAUGCUGUCAACUCUCAUUAGAAAGGCAUCUUCAUCCGUAACUAUGGGUUUCUUUAUAUAUUUAGUGAGCUUUGUCACUAAGUUAGCUUCGGCGGCCUACCAGGGUUUUCCGUACAAUAAAGGAGAUUCAAUAAAAUAUAGAAUUAUGUGGUCACUAUUUCCACCAAAUCUUCUUUCCAAAAGCCUUGAUAUUCUCAAAGCAGCCGCUACAAGUGGUGGGAUCAGCUGGAGUAAGAGAUCCAUGUGUUUUAAUGGAUUCACUUUCGACUCCACGGCCUCAUGUGUGGUUACAAUGAACGAUAUUUUCAAAAUCUACAUAGCAGUAUUCUUCCUUUGGUUUGUUCUGGCUAUCUACUUGGACAACAUAAUUCCGAACUCAUCUGGUGUGCGAAAGCCAAUCUUCUACUUUCUGAAUCCGGGGUAUUGGACAGGAAAAGGCGAAAAUAAGAUUGAAGAGGGAGGCAUCUUUAGUUUCCUGCAUUCAAUUCCGCAAGUUCAACCUAAAACACCAGAUGAUGAGGAUGUCUUGGAAGAGGAAAACAUUGUCAAACAUCAAGUAAGGGAAGAUUUGGUUGAUCCAAAUGUCGUCGUUCAGAUACGUGGUCUUACGAAGACAUAUCCUGGGAAGAUUGAGAUUGGUUGCUGCAAGUGCACUAGGAAAUCACAUUUCCAUGCUGUUAAGGGAUUGUGGAUGAACAUCCGCAAGGGUCAAUUGUUCUGCCUCCUCGGACCCAACGGAGCAGGAAAAACGACUACGAUAAGUUGCCUGACCGGUAUUUCCCCAGCAACGGGUGGUGAUGCACUAGUUUAUGGGCAUUCUAUUCGAAGCUCUGUCGGCAUGUCAAGUAUCCGAAAACUAAUCGGAGUCUGUCCUCAGUUUGAUGUCUUUUGGGAUGUGUUGUCUGCUGAGGAGCACCUCUACCUCUUUGCCAGUAUCAAAGGCAUAGCGGCUGCCUCGAUUAAAUUGGCUGUAGAGAAAUCAUUAGCAGAAGUUAAGCUUACUUAUGCGGCCAAAGGAAGAGCCAGUGGCUACAGUGGGGGGAUGAAACGCCGCCUUAGCGUUGCGAUAGCCCUAAUCGGUGACCCUAAGUUGGUCAUCUUAGAUGAACCGACAACCGGCAUGGAUCCCAUAACUCGAAGGCACGUAUGGGAUAUAAUUGACAAUGCAAAAAAAGGGAGAGCCAUUAUACUAACAACUCAUUCGAUGGAAGAAGCCGAUAUCUUAAGCGAUCGUAUAGGAAUUGUGGCAAAGGGUACGCUUCGCUGCAUUGGGAAUUCCAUCCGAUUAAAGUCGAAGUUUGGGUCCGGUUUAAUUGCUAAUGUAAGCUUCUCUGAGACCAAUACGGAUGCUGCUGAAUCAUGUCGUCUGGCUUUGAGGAAAUUCUUUAAGCAUCAUUUGAAUGUGAUGCCGAAGGAGGAGACCAAGUACUUCAUCAGCUAUGUAAUUCCCCACAAGGAGGAGAGCAACUUGAGGAAAUUCUUCACGGAGCUUCAGGAGAGGGAAACAGAAUUCGGCAUUUCAGACAUGCAGUUGAAUUUAACUACUCUAGAAGAUGUUUUCCUCAACGUUGCGACGAAAGCAGCACUAGAGAAUGCUGCAGAUGAGAACAACAUGACAACUCUGGUGUUGGAGUCAGGAAAAUCAUUGAUCAUACCGGUUGGUGUGGAGAAGAUAGGCAUUCCAGGAUCGGUAACGCCACAGAACCUCAGCGGCCUAAUGGUUGAGGUGUACUGGGGACAGGACUCCGACGGGAACCUCUGCAUCACCGGCCACUCAGCUGAGAUGCCGAUCCCGGUCUGUGAUGACCUCGGCUCGAGUUUGCCUCCAUCUCUUCUCAAGGGAAAUCCCGAUCAUGGAAUUGUGCUGGAUUUUUAACAAUUUGGAAAUCUUCUUACGAGUAGCCUGUCUCUUUGUACAACAUUCAAUUUUUUUUUUUUUUUAUGACCGGAUGUCUGGUACAACAUUGAGUAUUAAAAUUGUAUGAAACAAU